AUGGACAGUUUUCUUUCCCCCAUCACCUCUGUCUAUUCAGAAACAAAGAAGGAGGAGGAGAAGAAAGAGGAGGAGGAGGAAGAGGAAGAAGGUGGCAGCAAUAACAACGGGUAUAAGAAGGGAAAGGGAGGACAUAAUGUGCUUGCUCCUUUUUUCAUUGAUGAAGAAAGGGCUGUUCCAUUGACCUGUCAUGUAUGGCCACAGGCAUUAUAUCAGGGCAAUAGUAGAACACAAAUUUCCGAUAUUAAUGUGGACUCUUUGGAAACAACAGUUCAGUGGGGUUCAGGGGAUGAUCAGAGAGUGGAAUCUUGGCAUCGUCUUUCUCAAGAAAUAGACUCUUCCCAAACCUUGGAUACAUCUCAAGCCAGGUUUAAUGACAGAACUGAAGAGACUGAAGUGUCUGACUACCCUUCUCUGGAAGAGGGUGUAUUGACUCAAUCAGAAAAUCAAGUAAAGGAACCCAGCAGAGAUCUCUUAUGUUCUCCCUUGCUAGUUAUACAAGAUAGCUUUGCUUCUCCUGAUUUGCCUUUGCUGACAUGCUUGACACAAGACCAGGAGUUUGGGUCUGAUUCCUUAUUUCAACAAAGUGAACUAGGUUUUGCACCUCUGAGGGGAAUUCCUGAUAAGUCUGAAGACACUGAAUGGUUUUCUCGACCAUCGGAAGUUAGUGAAGCUUUAUUCCAGGCUACCUCAGAAGUAGCUUCAGACUUAGUUAAUAGUUGCUUUAGUGUAUCUCAGCACGCACUUAUAGGUAGCACAGCUGUUAGGUCUCAGCACUCUUCAGAACAAGGGAAUAAUGAAGAGACUAUUUCAUUUGUAACUGUUGAUGAACUGAAAACCCCCAAAGACUUUGAUAGUUAUGAUCCUCUUUGUUCAUAUAUGUCAUGGAAGACACAAAAAGAUAUACAGCAGCCAGAAACCAAUUUAGUUGAUAAAGAUCAAAUUUCAUUUUCCAUUUCAUCUGAUAUAGCUGAUGAAAACAUAACUCCUAAAAGAAAUGACAGUUUUGAUGCUUCUUGGUCACAUGUGCAGUAUUGGAAGCAGGAAGCUUUACAUAAGCAGCCGGAAGCACAUUUAACCAAGGGCCUGCAAGUGAAGGCUGGAUCUGAUGUUGUUACUCUGGAUGAUGCUGUUGAAUGCUGUAGCCUAGAUGAAAAUGCUGUUGUAUGCAGUGAAAAAGUUGCUGAACGACAAAGAGAACCAACGAGAGAGUCGGAAUAUCAUUCUUCAAAUCUUAGAAUGUUGAGGGUAUCUCCUGAUGCUGUGCCAGGGACUCUCAAACAUUUAGCAGGAGACACUGCUAAAGGAGACACAGGUGAAAUUACUCAAUCUAACGUGAAAUCAGGCAUCACUACCAUACCUAGAGAUUCAGAUACUGGAUCUCAUUUAUCCUUGUCCCUUGAAGACCUGUCUCAGUUGUCUGUAAGUUCUUCUCAACAGAAUGCUACUGGUCAACACACUGAUAUUCUCAACCUCAAGACAUUAGCAGACACUCAUCCAACUGAAAAGGCUCUCAAAGUCACAGCUAUUCCUGAAUCAGCUGACCAGAAGACUGGGACACCAACAGUACUUUCCAGUUCCUACUCACACAGGGGGAAACCCAAUAUUUUCUACCAACAAGGCUUACCAAUCAAUCAUCUAACUGGAGAGGCUCUGAAAGUCUUAACCACUCCUGGACAAGCAGACCAGAAGACUAGGAUACCCACUAUAACCUCUACUUUCUACUCACUUGGAGAGAGACCUGAUCUUUUUUAUGAACAAGCUGUGCCAGACAGUCAUGUACCUGAAGAGACUCUGAAAGUUAUACCUGUUCCUAGACCAGCUGACCAGAAGACUGGGACACCCACUCUAACCUCUACUUUCUACUCACUUGGAGAGAGUCCUGUUAGUUCUUACCAACAAGUUGUGCCAGGUAGUCAUAUACCUGAAGAGACUCUGAAAGUUACAUCUGUUCCUGAACCAGCUGACCAUAAGACUGGGACACCAACUGUAACCUCUGCUUCCUACUCGCAGAGAGAGAAGCCCAAUAUUUUUUACCAAGAAGAGGUACCAGAGAGUAAUUUAACUGAAGAGCCUCUGAAAGUUUCAGCUACUCUUGGACCAGCUGGACAGAAGACUGGGAUAACUACAGUAUCCUCUAGUUCAUACUCACAUGGAGAGAAUCCCCUUAUUUUCUAUCAACAGAUCUUGCCAGAAAGGCAUUUAACUGAUCAGACUCUGAAGGUUUCAGAUGUUUCUGGAACUUCUGACCAGAGGACUGGGAUACCAAUAAUAUCCUCUACUUCCUACUCACAUAGAGAGAAGCCUGGUAUUUUUUACCAACAAGAGUGGCCAGACAGUCAGACUGAAGAGGCGCUGAAAGUUUCAGCUGUUCCUGGACCGGCUGACCAGAAGACUGCAUUACCAACGGUAACCUCUACUUCCUACUCACAGAGAGAGAAGCCUAGUAUUUUAUAUCAACAAACCUUGCCAGAUAGUCAUCUAACGGAAGAGGUUCUGAAAGUUUCAGCUGUUCCUGGACCAGGUGACCAGAAUACUGGGUCACCCUCAGAGUCAUCUAGUUUCUACUCAAACAGAGAAAAGGCCAUUAUUUUCUACCAACAGGCCCUGCUAGACAGUCGUUUCCCUGAAGAAGCUCUGAAAGUUUCACCUAUUUCUGGAUCAGCUGACCAGAAGUCUGGAAUACCAACAGUGUCCUCUAGUUUUUACUCACAUGUAGAGCAAUCUGAUAAUUUCUACCAACAGGAAUUGCCAGACAGUCAUUUACCUGAAGAGACUCUGAAAGUUUCAGUUGUUCCUGGAUUGACUGGCCCGAAGUCUGGGAUAUCAACUGUAACCUCUACUUCCUUCUCACAUAGAGACAAGCCCAGUAUUUUUUAUCAGCGGGAAGUACCAAAUAGUCAUCCAACUGAAAAGGCUCUGAAAGUUUCGCUUGUCCCUGGACCGACUGAUCAGAAGACUGGGGUACCAACAGUACAGUCUAGUUCUUAUUCACAGAGAGAGAAACCUAGUAUUUUGUACCAGCAGGUGUUACCAGACAGUAAUCACCCUAAAGAGGGUCUGAAAGUUUCAGCUGUUUCUGGACCCACUGACCAGACUACUGGCACACCAACAGUACCCUCUAGUUCAUACUCACAUAGAGAGAAGCCUGAUAUUUUCUACCAACAGACCCUGUCAGAUAGUCAUCUAUUUGAAGAAGCUCUGAAAGUUUUACUUGCUCCUGGACCAGCUGACCAGAAGACUGGCACACCGGCAGCAACUUCUGGUUUAUACUGGCAUGGAAAGAAGCCUGACAUUUUUUACCAACAGGUCUUGCCAGAUAGUCAUCUAAGUGGAGAGGCUUUGAAAGUGUCAGCUGUUCCUGAAACAGUUGUCCAGAAGACUGGUACACUAACUGUUCCCUCUACUUCCUACUCACCUACAGAGAAGCCUGAUAGUUUCUAUCAACAGGCCCUGCUAGACCAUCAGCUAACUGAAGAAGCACUGAAAGUUUCAGCUGUUCCUGGACCGGCUGAUCAGAAGACUGGCAUACCAGCAAUACCCUCUAGUUUGUACUCACUUACAAAGAAGCCUGGUAUUUUCUACCAAAAGGUUUUUCCAGAUAGUCAUCUAACUGGUGAACCUCUGAAAGUAUCAGCUGUUCCUGAAACAGUUGAACAGAAGACUGGCACACCAACUGUAACCUCUGCUUCCUACUCACAGAGAGAGAAGCCUGAUGUUUUCUCCCAUCAGGCCCAGCCAGUCAGCCAGCAAACUAAAGAAACUCUGAAAGCUUCAGCUGUUCCUGAAACAGUUGACCAGAAGACUGGCACACCAACUGUGACUUCUGCUUUCUACUCACAUACAGAGAAGCCUGGUGUUUUCUACCAACAGGUCUUGCCAUAUAGUCAUUCAACUGAAAAGGCUCUGAAAGUGUCAGCUGUUCCUGGAACAGCUGACCAGAAGACUGAAAUACUAACUGUAACCUCUACUUCCUACUCACCUGCAGAGAAGCCUGGUGUUUUCUACCAGCAGGGCAUACCAGACAGUCAGUUAACUAAAGAAGCUGUGAAAGUUUCAGCUCCUUCUGCACCAGCUGACCAGAAGCAUGGCACACCACCAACUAUAACCUCUAUUUCCUACUCACAUAGAGAGAAGCCCAAUAUUUUAUACCAACAGGCCUCUCCAGGUAGUCUUCUACCUGAACAGACUCUGAAAGUUUCAGUUGCCCUUGGACCUGCUGAACAAAAGACUGGCACAGUAACGACACCUUUAAGUUCCUAUACACUUGGAGAGAAGCCCAUUAUUUUCUACCAACAGGCCCUGGCAGAUAGUCAUCCAUCUGUAGAAGCUCUGAAAGUUUCAGCUGUUCCUGGAAUAGUUGACCAGAAAACUGGCACACCAACCGUAUCCUCUAGCUUAUACACACAUAGAGAGAAGCCCAUUAUUUUUGAUCAACAAGCCCUGCCAGAGAGUCACCUAACUGAAGAAGGUCUGAAAAUCCCAGUUGACCAGAAGACUGGGAUACCUACUGUGACCUCUUCUUUCUAUUCACAUAGAGAGAAACCUGCUAUUUCUUACCAACAGGAGUUGUCAGAUGGUCAUCUAACUGAAAAGGCUCUUAAAGUUUUAAAUACUCCUGGACCAGCUGACCAGAAGACUGGCAUACCACUUGUCCCCUCUACUUCCUACUCAAGUAGAGAGAAACUCAGUGAUUCUUACCAGCAGGACUUGCCUGAAUUUAAUGAAGAAGGUUUAAAACUUUUAGGCAUUGCUGGAGCGGUUGACCAGACGAAUGUUAUACAAACAGUGCCCUCUACUUCCUACUCACAAAGAGAGAAGCCUGUUAUUUCUUACCAGCAAGAGUUGCCACAUUUUUAUGAAGAAGCUUUGAAAGUUUUAAGAGUUCCAGAACCAGCUGACCAGAAGACUGGGAUACAAAUAGUGCCCUAUAAUUCCUACUCAGAGAGAGAGCAGUCCAUCAUUUCUUAUCAGCAGGAGUUGCCAGAUCCUACUGAAGUAGCUUUGAAAGCGGUAGGGAUUCCUGGACCUGAUGACCAGACGACUGGGAUACAAAUAGUGUCCUCUAGUUCCUAUUUGCAGAGAGAGAAGCCCAGUAUUUUUCAUCAACAGGAGUUGCCAGAUACUACUGAAGAAGCUUUAGAUGUUUUUGUUCUUCCUGGACAAGGUGACCAGAAGUCAGCAACAAUACCUUUAAGUUACUACUCACAUAGUGAGAAGCCCAGUGUUUUUUCUCAACCGGAGUUGCCAGAAAGCCAUCUCACUGAAGAGACUCCGAAAGUUUCAACUGUUUCUAUACCAGCACUUCAGGAGAGUGGGAUACCAAUAGGUCCUUCUAGUUUGUACUCACGUAAAGAGAAAUUCAAGGUUUCAACUGUGAGUAUACCAGACGACCAGAAAACUGAGAUUACAACAGCUAUCCCUAGCUCUUACUCACAUGGAGAGAAGCCCAAGAUUUUAACUGUGAUUGGACCAGAUGACCAGAAGACUCCAUUACUGACAGUUUUUCAAAGUGACUAUUCUCAAAGAGUAAAGCCUGGUAUUUUAUUUCAAGAGCAAUUGCCAGAGAGAGAUCAAACUGAAGAUAUUCUAACAAUUUCAGCUGUUCCCAAACCAGUUGAUGAGAAUACUGGGAAACCAGUACCUCUCUCUAAUUCUUAUUUUCACAGAGAGAAAUCUAAUAUCUUCUCUCCACAGGAAUUGCCAGGCAGACAUCUAACUGAAGAUUUGCUGAAGGUUUCAGCAAUUCCUGUACCAGCUAGCCAGAAAACAGUAUUACCAGCAGCUCCUCCAAGUUCCUUUUCACACAGAGAGAAACCGAAUAUUUUCUAUCAGAAGGAUUUGCCAGAUAGACAUCUAACUGGAGAUACUCUGAAGGUCACAAGUGGUCUCGUGCAAACUUAUCAAAUUACUGGGUUGCAAACAGUUCCCACUGGUACUGACUCACAUGGUGAGAAGCACAAACUUGUUUCAGAACACGUCCAAAGGCUAAUAGAUAAUUUGGAUUCUUCUGACUCCAGCAUUAGCUCAAAUAAUAUGCCUUUAAAUUCCCAGGCUGAUAACAGAGUUGUAAAAAAUAAACUGGAAUCUUCAGGUUUUAGAGAUGUUGGCUCUGAAGAAAUUCAGGAUACAGCAAAUAGUUCUAAAACUCUUAAAGAAAUUCGGACACUUUUAAUGGAGGCAGAAAAUAUAGCACUGAAACGAUGCAAUUUUCCUGUUCCUCUUGUCCCUUUCAGAGAUGUUAAUGAUGUUUCAUGUAUACAGUCUAAGAAAGUGGUUUGCUUCAAAGAACCCUCCAUAACUGAUAUAUCUGAUGGUGAUUUGCUUCAGAGACAGCCAUUCACAGAGGAAAGCCCGAGCACCAAGUGUGUACAGAAGGAUAUUGGCACACAGACGAAUUUGAAAUGCCAGAGAGGCAUUGAAAAUUGGGAGUUUAUUAGUUCAACUACAGUUAAAAACCCUCUUCGGGAAGCAGAAAGCAAAGCCAGUAUGGUAUUAGAAGAAACCCUGAGGCAGUACCAAACAACCAAAUCUGUAAUGAGGUCUGAACCUGAAGGGUGUUGUGGAACCAUUGGGAAUAAAAUAAUUAUCCCUAUGAUGACUAUUAUAAAAAGUGAUUCAAGUAGUGAUGCGAGUGAUGGAAAUGGUUCCUGCUCAUGGGACAGUAAUUUACCAGAGUCUUUGGAAUCUGUUUCUGAUGUUCUUCUAAACUUCCUUCCACAUGUUUCACCCAAGACAAGCAUAACAGAUAGCAGAGAGGAAGAGGGUCUGUCAGAGAGUGAGGAUGGUGGUGGUAGUAGUGUAGAUUCACUGGCUGCACAUGUGAAAAACCUUCUGCAGUGUGAAUCCUCACUGAAUCAUGCUAAGCAAAUACUCAGAGAUGCAGAGGAAGAGGAAAGUCGAGUACGAGCACGAGCCUGGAAUCUGAAGUUAAAUUUAGCACAUGAUUAUGGAUACUCCAUUUCAGAAUUAAAUGAAGAUGACAGGAGGAAAGUAGAAGAGAUCAAGGCAGAGUUGUUUGGUCAUGGGAGAACAACUGACUUUUGCAAGGGUUUACAGAGCCCACGGGAAAUAGGAUGCAAGCCAGAAGCUGUAUGUAGUCACAUUAUUUUUGAGAGCCAUGAAAAAGGAUGUGUCAGAACUCUAACUGCCGAACAACCACAACUGGACAGCCACCCUUGUGUUUUCAGAUCUGCUGAACCCUCAGAAAUGAUCAGAGGACGAUGGAGCCCAUCAUCGUGCAGAGCCAGACACAUCAGUCUUUCUGCGGCCCUAGACCAGAACAACCCCCAUUUCAAAGUUUGGAAUUCCUUGCAGUUACAAAGUCAUUCCCCAUUUCAAAACUUUAUACCUGAUGAAUUCAAAAUUAGCAAGGAGCUUCGAAUGCCAUUCCAUGAAAAGAUGGACCCUUGGCUGUCGGAAUUAGUAGAACCUGCUUUUGUGCCACCUAAAGAAGUGGAUUUUCAUUCUUCAUCACAAAUGCUGCCCCCAGAACCCAUGAGAAAGUUUACUACCUCCAUCACUUUUUCAUCUCACCGACAUUCUAAAUGCAUUUCAGAUUCCUCUGUUUUUAAGGUUGGUGUUACUGAAGGUAGCCAGUGUACUGGAGCAUCUGUGGGGGUAUUUAAUUCUCAUUUUUCUGAAGAGCAAAAUCCUCCUAGAGAUCUAAAACAGGAAACCUCUUCCCCUUCAUCAUUUAAAAUGCGUAGUCAUUCACCAGAUAAAAAUAAAGAUGUGACUAUUUUAGAAGAAGGUAGUAGGCAAAGUCAAAAAUUACCAGUUGAUUUUGAGCAUUCUCAUCAAGAAGAAAAACUCUUAGAAAGAUUAGAUUUUAAAAGCAGUCAUUCUGAGCCCAGUGCCAGUGCAAAUUGUAACAAUUUCAAGGAAAUUCAAUUUUCUAAUAACCAUACCCUCAUUAGCAUGGGCAGACCAAGUUCCACCCUAGGAGUAAAAGAGAAGAAUGUAACUAUAACUCCAGAUCUUCCUUCUUGCAUUUUUCUUGAACAACGAGAGCUAUUUGAACAAAGCAAAGCCCCACAUACAGAUCAUCAUGUGAGGAAACAACAUUCUCCCCCUCCUCAACGUCAGGAUCAUGUAGCUCCAAACCUUCCUUCUUGCAUUUUUCGUGAACAACGACAACUCUUUGAACAAAGCAAAGCCCCACAUGUAGGUAGUCACAUGGGAGAAAACCAUUCUCCCCUUCCCCAUGGUCAGAAUUAUAUGGCUCCAGACUUUCCUUCUCCCGUUUUUCUUGACCAGCAUCAAAGCAAAGCCCCAGGUGUAGAUGAUCACAUGAAAAAGCACCAUUUCCCCCUUCCUCAAGGCCAGGAUUGUGUAGUAGAAAAUAAUAACCAACAUAAGCCUAAAUCAUACACUUCUAAUAUGAUAAAUGUUGAAGCCAAGUUCAAUAAUGUGGUCUCCCAGUUGGCCCCAAAUCACUGUACAUUAGCAACAUCUGCAUCUACUCCACCUUCAAAUAGAAAAGCACUUUCUUGUGUUCGUAUAACUCUUUGUCCCAAGACUUCUUCCAAGUUGGAUAGUGGAACCUUAGAUAAAAGAUUUUAUUCAUUGGAUUCUGCUUCUAAAACAAGGAUGAAUAGUGAGUUUAACUUUGACUUACAAACUGUGUCUUCGAGAGCAUUGGAACCAACCUCCAAAUUAUUGACCAGUAAACCUGUAGCACAGAAUCAAGAAUCUUUAGGUUUUCUAGGACCUAAAUCUUCAGUGGACUUCCAAGUCAUACAGUCUUCUCUUCCAGAUGGUAACAAUGUUACUCAGAUCUUGAAAACCAUACCUUCUCAGAAUAGCCAGAUAGUAACCUCAAGGCAAAUACAAGUGAACAUGUCAGAUUUGGAAGGAUACUCCAAUCCAGAGGGGACUCCGGUAUCUGCAGUUCGGUCACCAGAGAAGAUUGAAGCCCCACUUUCUACAUCCUCUGGAAAAUUAUCAUCUGAUGCGGUCACUCAGAUAACAACAGAAAGUCCAGAAAAAACUACAUUUUCAUCUGAGAUUUUUAUUAAUGCUGAAGAUCGUGCACAUGGACUUUCAGAGCCCAGUACUCAGAAGCUAAAUAAAACUCCUGUCAAGUUUGCUUCAUCGUCUUCAAUCCAACAGAUUACUUUUCCUCGUGGCUCGGAUG